AAUAAAUGUUUAAAGAAAAACCCCAGUAUAUUAAAUUAUAUUAUUUAUAUUCAUUUUUUAUUUUUUAAUUUUAUUUUUUCGGGAAAGAAAGUCGCUUUCUAUUGACGAUGCGAUGAUGAUGAGAGGCAGCAUCAGACAAGACAUUGAAACCCCGAAAGCAUCGCAAUUUUUUUUGCUUCCUUUCCUCUCCAUAUUUGUCUUCUUAUUAUUCCUUGUCCUUCCGUUGCUCCGAAAAGUACAACAUCAGCGUGUCAGAGAGUGUGGGAAUGUGGCGCCACCAAGCGACGUCGACGUGAACCAACAUCCCAAAUCCGCCAUUGCACCAACUUUGACAGCUGCCAAGACGCCAUUUUUCCCACCCUUGGUACCAAACACGACCACAAGGAAUAAAAAUCAAAAUAAUAAUAAUGACGCAAUGACAAGGGAUUGUGAAGUGAGGCAA